UUUCCUCAUUACACAAUAACAAUAGUUUUUCUAAAUAAACAAAUGCCAUUAAACUAAUACAAUGUUGACAAUAAGCAAUUUACUUAGGCUAGGAAGCACACUAAGGCAGCGUCCUUUGCAUACUAGCAUAGUGAGACUGAAACGCCGGAAAACUGCCGAGGAAAAGAAAUCCCCUAGAAUCAUAGAAUACUCACCGAAGAAAUUGCAGCCGGCUAAUGGAGCCGCCAGUUCCGCGGACGUGUGGCGCCACAUGAGUGUUGCACAGCUGGCGAGCACGUUGAAGCGGCCUUUGGAUGAUGUACAGGAGGCAAUGCUGUAUGUGCGCGGUGCUGACAACAUUGAGGCAAAUGCCAAGCUGGAGGAUCUCAAGAUUAUUCAGGAUAUUGCCAAGAAACUGGGUGCUAAGACGCGCGUGGUGGCAGCACCAGAAACAACUGCAGAGGAUGAGCACAAGGAGCGCGAUGUGUCGCCCAGACCUCCAGCAACGCCAGAGCAGCUCGAACCGCGCCCACCUGUUGUGACUGUUAUGGGGCAUGUUGAUCAUGGUAAGACGACGUUGUUAGACUCACUGCGCGGCGCAGAUGUGGCUGCAGGAGAAGCUGGUGGCAUUACGCAACACAUUGGCGCAUUUACGGUAACGCUAGAGAAUGGCGAACGGGUUACAUUUUUGGAUACGCCAGGUCAUGCAGCGUUUAGUGCAAUGCGAGCGCGCGGCGCAGUGGCCACGGACAUCAUUGUGCUUGUUGUGGCUGCUGAAGAUGGCGUCAUGGCGCAAACUCGUGAGGUUAUACAACUGGCUAAGGAGGCGCAAGUGCCUAUAAUUGUGGCUUUGAACAAAAUAGACAAACCCGAGGCGAAUAUUGAGAAAAGCAAACGUGAAUUGGCGCAAAUGGGCUUGACGCUGGAGGAGCAUGGCGGCGAUGUACAAGUUAUACCCAUUUCAGCGCUGAAGGGAACCAAUCUGCCGCUGCUAGCUGAAGCGGUAAGCACGCAGGCAACGCUAAUGGGUCUGAAAGCAGAUCCUACAGGUCUGGUUGAAGGCAUUGUGAUAGAGUCUAAGACGGAUCCACGUCGCGGCAAACUAUCAACUGCAAUUGUAUCUCGUGGCACGCUGCGCAAGGGCUCAGUGCUACUGAGUGGCUUGGCGCAUGCCAAAGUACGCGGACUCUUUGACCACAAUGGUCAGCCGUUGACAGAGGCAGCGCCAGGCAUGCCCGUUGAAAUUUUGGGCUGGCGUGAGCUGCCGCUUGCAGGAGAACUCAUACUGGAAGUGGAAACAGAGAAAAAAGCGCACGCUGUUUUAAAACAUCGCGAGCAUCAAGCGCAGCUGGAGAAGAUUGAAUCGAGCAGCGAUGAAAUACGCAAAAAGGACGAGGAGCAUCAGGCCAAGUAUCGCGCAGAGCAUGAAGCACGUCGUCUAGCUGGACGCUUUAGAAUGCGCGGCGGCCAGCGUGUGAAGCAAGUAGAUGAAAACGAUGGCAUGCCACGUGUUAGCGUCAUCAUCAAAGGCGAUGUGCAUGGCUCAGUGGAAGCCAUACUGGAUGUGCUCGAGACCUACAAUAGCAAUGAGCGCUGUCGCUUGGAUAUUGUGCACUAUGGCGUGGGCAAUGUAAGCGAAGGCGACCUGGAGCUGGCCAAGGCGUUCAAUGCUAUUAUUUAUGCAUUUAACGUGGAGGCGCCACAGCCCAAACUCGCUAAGGAUGUGCAUGUCAGAAGCUGUAAUGUUAUAUAUCGACUGAUAGAUGAUUUGAAGCAGGAGCUGAGCAGCAAACUGCCGCCUGUGGAAGUGGAGGAGCAGCUGGGCGAGGCGAAUGUGCUGCAAAACUUUUUCAUCAACGAGGGACGCAAGGAGAUACCUGUUGCCGGCUGUCGUUGCACCAAGGGUGUGCUGAAGAAGUCGCAACGCUUUCGCUUGGUGCGAGACGGCGAAGUUGUCUACGAUGGUGCCUUGGAGUCUAUGCGGCAUUUAAAGAACGAAGUGGAUACCAUAAAGAAAGAUGUAGAGUGUGGACUGCGCUUCAAGGAUGUCAAAGUGCUGCCUGAAGCGGGCGACACGCUGCAAUGCUACACGACGCACAUGGAGGCACAGCAAACGGAUUGGGAUCCUGGCUUUUAGUUUAACUAGUGCAUAAGCGCGCGCUGCCUUUCUAUUGUUGUUCCUCGCUGCUUUUGUUAUCGUCGCGUUACGCAUAUCUAUAGUUUUUUAUUUUGUAUUAUAUAUAUUAAACAAAUUCACUAUGCGACUUCCUGUUGAUCUUAAUGCUGCCGCUGCUACAGCUACACAGCCACCCUUCACCCACAUGCCUAGCUAGCUAGCUUAGGAUAACAGCGCUGCCGCAGCGGAACUGCUGCCGAUAAGCGGUUGACAACUGCGCCGACUGCGACGACGACGACGACGACGGCAGCAGCAGCAGCAUCAUCAUCAACAUGCGCCCCUGGCUAUGCCAUGUCCAUGCCGUGACGGAAGCUGUCUAAAUGGGUCAAAGCAAUGCUAAUUGGAGUUCACCCACACCAGCAAGGCAUAAGCUAGAGAAGAGCCAAAGCGCGUUUUCUUCUCGCCUUUCUGAUAAACAAUUUCCGUCCUAAGCACCAGCCAGCUCUCAUUCAUUCAUGAAUGAUUUGUAUUUAAUACGAA